GGGCGCAACUUUUUUUGACGCAACGGCGGCCCUCUGUGUGAACCAGUUCCAGCAGCAGCCGAUGCAGCUGUGCUGGCUGUGCCUGUGUCCCAUCUCACCGAGCUCUGGUCAUCCGUCAUUUUGCCAGCGUACGUGAGGGUUUAAUGGUGCCGAGUGUUUCGCGCGUUUGUGCCGAAUUACUAUUCUGAUCGGAUUUCUCUGGAAUACGCCGUAAACUCCCGUCACUUCUUGUGCUGUCAGAGUGCAUAGCACUGGUGAUGCAUCGGUCCAAUUGAAGGAUCACUGCUGAACACCGACACCUCCCGAUUACAGAGUCGAGAUGACGCAGGGACGCACACUCGUGGUGUUGGCAGCACUGCUGUCCACGUCAGCUGCUUCGUAUAUGGUCGGAAUCGGAAUCGCUGACAUUACAGGGCCACCGGUGGAAGUCACUUUCAUGGGCUAUGCGCAGCUGGAGCAGCGGGGCACCGGUCUGCACCUCCGGCAGUUCUCCAGAGCCUAUAUCUUCCAGGACGAUGACGGUAGCAGACUGGUGUUCACCAGCAUCGACGCCGCCAUGAUCGGCAACGGGCUCCGCAGAGACGUCAUCUCUAAGCUGCGGAAGGAGUUCGGUGACAUGUACUCGGAGCGCAACGUGAUGAUCAGCGCGACGCAUACGCACUCUGGGCCCGGAGGCUUCAUGCAGGACUUCCUGUUCGACAUCAGCAGCCUCGGCUUCGUCCGGCAGACCUACAACGCGCUGCUCUCCGGCAUCGUGCAGAGCAUCAGACGGGCCCACCUGUCGAUGCAGCCGGCGCGCCUCUUCCUGUCGCAGGGGGAGCUGCUGGGCGUCAGCAUCAACCGCAGCCCCACCGCCUACCUCGCCAACCCCGCCUCAGAACGUAGCAGGUACGAGCACGACGUGGACAAGACGAUGGUGCAGCUGCGGAUCGAGACGCCUUCCGGCCGUCCUCUGGGCGCCAUCAACUGGUACGCCGUGCACCCCACCUCCAUGAACAACACCAACACGCUCGUCUCCAGCGACAACGUCGGCUACGCCGCCAUACUCCUGGAGAAGCAGUUCAACGGCGGGGCCAUGCCUGGCAAGGGCCCGUUCAUCUCGGCUUUCUCGUCGAGCAACCUGGGGGACGUGUCGCCCAACACGGCGGGCCCUCGCUGCAAGGAGACGGGCCGCAGCUGCGACCCGCUGUCCAGCACCUGCGCCAGGGCGCCCGACGGCCGCCAGGAGCACUGCUACUCGCCUGGGCCCGGCACCGACAUGUUCGACAGCACCCGCAUCGUCGCCAAGCGACUCGCCGGCAAGGCUUCUGAGCUGUGGCGUUCUUCGAAUGCCAGGGAGGUGACCGGUCCCAUUGCGUUCGCUCACCAAUGGGUGGACAUGCCGAAGCAGACAGCCGAGUACGUCGACCCCGAGACUGGAGCUACGACCACCGUGCGGGGCUGCCUGCCGGCCAUGGGUUACAGCUUCGGCGCGGGCACCACGGACGGCCCCGGCGCCUUCGCCUUCCAGCAGGGCACCCGCUCCAGCAACUCGCUCUGGGACACGGUGCGCGACUUCCUGGCGACGCCCACGCAGGACGACGUGGCCUGCCACGCCCCCAAACCCAUCCUCCUCAUGACCGGCAGGAUGACGUUCCCGUUCGAGUGGCAGCCCCAAGUGGUUUCGACGCACCUGGGACGCGUGGGAAACCUCGUGCUGAUGUGCGUGCCGGGCGAGUUCACCACCAUGUCUGGACGGCGCAUGCGCGACGCCAUGCGGCAGGUAUUCGGGCAGGACACGACGCCGGUGCUGGCUGGGCUGUGCAACACGUACAGCGACUACGUCGCCACCCCGGAGGAGUACAAGGUGCAGAGGUAUGAAGGAGCCUCAACCAUCUUCGGUCCACACACGCUAACCCUGUACCUGCAGCAGUACCGGAAACUGGCUCAAUCCAUCCUGAGUAGGAGCACCAUGACACCCGGGCCGACGCCGCCAGACCUGUCCAAGGGGCUGAUCCAGCUGACCCCUGGCGUGGUGUACGACAUGCCCUCCUGGCAGUCUCGCUUCGGCUACGUGAUGCAGCAGCCACCUGCCACUGCCAGGCCCGGAGACACCGUCACCGCAACUUUCGUGGCAGGGAACCCGCGCAACAACUUGCAGCAUGGGGGCUCGUACCUGGCUGUGGAGAAGAAAGACCCCUACACCGGCAACUGGUCCGUCAUCGCCACAGACGCCGACUGGGAGACCAAGUUCCUGUGGCGGCGGACGUCGACUCCGCUGGGGAUGAGCGAGGCGACGGUGGUGUGGUCGGUGCCCGAGGACGCGGAGCCGGGCGUGUACCGGCUGCGACACUCGGGCCACUCCAAGUACAUCCUGGGCGGCGUCUUCCCCUACUCGGGCAGCACGCAGCCCAUCACGGUGAGCCCCCACCUGCCGCGGUCGCAGGCGCAGCCGCCCAACGUCCGGCUGGCCUGCGUGGCCGCCGGCUCUUGCCAGCACGUCCACUCCUCGCUCUGACCACAGGUUGCAACUUCCGCCGAAGACAGGUGGGUCCAGACGCACCAUCCUCCCGCUUCUCACGCCGCCAUCGGAAAGGACUCAUCAAGUGACGCCUUGUUGACACACAUACAGCCAGUGCAUCGCACCACAUCACCAUUAGCAACUGGCCUCGUUGCCUGUAUCCAUGAAAUUUGUAUUCCAGGUGCUGCUUUCUGGAAGGUCCCAGCCAGUGAGUUGAAAGGGGUUGCGAAAGAACCGUACGGAUCGUUCACAUGACAUAAAUAUUAGCUUCUCCAUGACAUUUUGUUGCAGCAGUGUUACGCAGCAGGCUGAUUUUAUUGUUCCUAACAUGCCUUCCUGCUUAUAAUAUGUAACUUCGUCCAGAGUCAAUUCAAUUUUGAAACUGUAGUACAGUUAAUUGUAAAUGGAAACAGAUCAAGCAGCAUUAAUUACUAAAAGAGAUUGUUUUUUUUUUGCGAACUGUCAGUCUUUCUAUUUGUAUAGAGAGUGGGAAUGUUGCAAUACCAGCAUUAAUUUGAAUACUCAUCAAAACUUAUAUGAACUAUUUAUUGCUAUUUCUUACUCGAUUGCAAACAGGUGUAUAGUAACUUGCGAAAUGAAGCGUCUGUAAAUAAUAAAACAAAAUCAAACUGUGCUAUAAUGACGUUGUGGUGGUCAAUUUCGAGGACGUCGCAGAUUGUGUGGUUCCAAGUAUGUAUUUUAUCACAGAUUGUAAAAGAGAAAAAAUAUGUCGAGAAGUACUCACGAAAGGCACUGUGUGCAAUGUGUCGUUUUUAUUCGUGUCAGUACAAAUGUUGUUCCUAUGUGAAAGAGUUAAACUGUUUUAUCCGCACUGAUUUAUAUAGAAGCAUUAGACAAAACUAUGUACAUUGUUUGAAUGAAUAAAAAAUGUGUUCAUUGCAA